AUGGAAAAGCAGCUUCUUGGUUAUGAAAGAUUUGAUCUUUCAAGACCCAACAUUGCAAAUGAGCUCAAAAUCUUCCUCCAACGCCAUCAACUUCCUCUAGGUAAAGAUUCAAGAACUGGGAUCACUGAAAUGGUUUCAUCUGUUGGUCAUUCUUGUGAGAAAAAUUCAGACUUGUUGUCACAGUUCAUGAGAUACAAACUCUCUGGAACUUGUCCUGAUGAUUGGAGUUUAGCUCAGAAACUGAUCUUGAAAGGGUGUGAGCCAUUACCAAGAAGGUGUUUUUCCAAAACUGUUUCAAAAUUAGGGUUUUUUCCUUUACCUGUUUCUCUAUGGAAGCCUCCUCUAGGUAGUAACACUUUUAAUUGGAGUGGUUUGAAUUGUAAGAGUUUUGAGUGUUUGAAAGGUAAGAAAUUGAGUAGAGAUUGUGUUAAUUGUUUUGAUUUGGUGAGUGGUGGAAAUGAGAAUCAAAGGUUUUUGAAGGGUAAGAGUAAAAAUGAUUUUUUGAUUGAUGAUGUUUUAGGUUUAGGAAAUGGUGGAAUUAGAGUAGGGUUUGAUAUUGGUGGUGGUUCUGGUUCUUUUGCUGCUAGAAUGUUUGAUAGAAAUGUUACUGUGAUUACAAAUACUCUUAAUGUUGAUGCACCAUUUAGUGAAUUCGUUGCUGCUAGAGGACUUUUUCCGAUUUACUUGAGCUUAGAUCAUAGGUUUCCGUUUUACGACAAUGUGUUUGAUUUGAUUCAUGCUUCAAAUGCGUUGGAUAUUGUUGGAGGAAAGGCGGAGAAGUUGGAGUUUUUGAUGUUUGAUAUUGAUCGAGUUUUGAGAGCCGGUGGUUUGUUUUGGCUUGAUAAUUUCUUUUGUGAUAGUGAAGAGAAGAAACAAACUCUUACAAGGUUGAUUGAAAGGUUUGGUUAUAAGAAAUUGAAAUGGGUUGUGGGCGAAAAAGUUGAUAGUUUUGGAUUGGGUAAACCCGUAGUUGUGUUAUCCGCAGUUCUUCAGAGACCGGUUAGAUCGGGUUAA